AUGGAGUUUCGCGGCCUGUCCACAGCUCGCUACGAUGACGAGUCCAGGGAGGCCGAGGUAGUUCCGGCGGCUGGACUAGUCAAGGUGACGAACCGCUGGCGCCUUGAGGAGGACGUUGAGAUGAAGACUCCGACCGCAGUCGCGGCCAACGCAUUCGCGCGUGCAGCUUUGACGGACAGGCGCAAGGCGAGGAAGAAGCCCAACUACCUCCACCACUGGGAGCGGUGCGCCAUCAUCAAGCGCGUCGCGGAGGGGGAGCCCCAGGCGGCGCUGGCCCGCGAGUUCGGCGUCACCCGCGCCGCCGUCUGCCAGAUGUACAAGAACAGGAAGAAGAUCCUCGCGCACGGUCGCGCGUCUCGGUCCAAGACGGUGGCGCUGCUCUUGGCGACGCUCAAGGCGCGGGGAACGAACCCAGCCGCAAUCCGCCGCGCAGCAGCCCGACUGACUUUCAUUUUGAUCGAGGAGGUGAUUGCGAGCUUCGAUACGCUCAACGAACCUACUGGUGCAACUGAGCAAUCGCUCUCGGCGUCAGAGCAGAUCAUCCCGUUCUGCGGAGUCGUCCUCGGCGACGAAAGCGCUGCGUUUGCGCGGGCCUUUGAGCAAUUGGACCCCGGCGCACCCACAGGCCAGAUCCAAGUGAAGAUGGAUGUGGUGGACGACGGACGUGUGUGCUGGCGACUGGUGUAUCUGGACGUGCCGGAAGACGUUUCCAGCUAUGAAGUGCUCGUCUUUUCGACUUUUGGAAAUGGCGGCGCAGAGUGCAGGGCGAUCGAGGCGCUGCGUCGCGUGGGUAUCCUCGAACAGCGGAUAUCUUUGGUUAUGGUUGCCUGCACAUCGCUCGGCUAUAAAGAGAUCUCGACACGAUUUCCAC